GUUUUUUCCUCACCUCAUCUCAUCCUUCCCAGGGGUGAUGGUCACUCCUUCCUUUCUAAUCGUCUUAUUAUAAAAAAAAGACCUCUUCGGACAAUAGAUCCCCUCUUUAUAACUGGGGACUAUUGUCUUGAAAAAAUACCCGCUUCCCCUACUACACCUUUACGACCUACACCUCGAAAAGAACAAAAAAGUUUCAACAAGCUAUAUAUCCUCUUUUUCGCCGGAUUGGACGGAGAAUGGGCCAGAGACAUAAUCGACGUCGCACACGACCCCGAUCUCGAAACCGCAGCGUCAAUCCUCUACUUCUUCCGUCCCACCCUUUCCCACGACCUGUCAAUACCUGCGCUCCAGCUGUUCCCUCCGCUUUCGACUGUCCUGAAAUACCCGCCCCGACCUGGCACUAUGGGCAUUUGCUAGGGCAGAAGCGUGAUCGUGCGCUGAGGAUGGAGGCUUCUACGCUGGAGGCAGAACAGUAUCGUCUCUUUGGCGGUGUCCCGGGCGACGAUGUUGGUCUCUGUUAUCGCAUGUUGGAGUACUUCGGUGGACUCGACUAUAUCGAUUGCAAUCCUAUAAUUGUCGUCCAGGCGGGAAACGAAGGCAUAUCCAAAUGGCACGCAAUACUCAACCGAUCGCCAACGGGCCCCAUCCCGACAUUAUCGAAAAUCAAAAUCCGACAUCAGCGAAACCAGAACAAUACCAGCUCUCGAAAUAAAUGCGCGAGAACCAGUUUUCAAUGGAGGACCCAAGUCAAUGACUUGUAG